AUGUCCACCGCAGAUCGUGAAAAAAAACGACGAGUUAGUUAUUUUGUUGGACUAGAUAAUUAUGAUGAUUCUGAAAAUGAAAAUGAAAAUGACAAAGACAAAAAAGAGCAAGAAGAGAUUUAUGGCUGGGAUCUUUUUCGUUUCAUUCCUUUGAAGGCCAAAACUGGAUCCAUGGUUGAGACACGCUUAUAUGAAUUGUGUCUUCAAAUAAUUAGAGUUAUAGCUUAUGCAAGUAUAUUCACCAUCAUUAUUGUGAGUGGAGUAAUUGCAAAAACAACCAUCUUAUUUGCGAUAUCACAACUAGAACGGAAAGAUAGAUUAAUUUAUUGUGAAUGUAAUGAAUAUGGUGAGAAAACAUUUAAUAUAUCUGCAGAAAAAUACGAAUAUUACGGGGGUAUUCAAGUGUAG